AGUGGCGACCUAUUAGCGGGCGUGGAGAAAAUAAGAUGUUUAUAAACACGAGUUAUGCACAGUAACAACAGGCAGCCAUCAUGAAGAAGCGGCGAUAAAGCCCAUGAUGCUGUUCGAGAGCAACGGAAACGGAAGCACGAACGGAAGUUCCGAUAGAAAUAAACUCACGGAUCGUUUCAUAAUGACCCGCUGACGUAAAAGACAGAAAGACAGGUUACUUGAAAUCUUUUUUCUGUCAUCAACUACUGAUUAUCAAAAACAUCACUACUUAGACUAUUUUAAUGUUUAAUCAAUAUUAAGAACACUGGCCAGAUAGCGCAACACGCCGCCCAGUUUGAAAAGCUUGGCCACGGCUUUUUUGGCCGCACCUUCCACACUUUGGGCGCUUUGGGUACGCUUUGAGCCGCACUGAGCGACCGAGCUUGUCCGAGCGGCGAUCUCUGUUGUGACUCGUGAGUUGUAUUCGAGCAUAUGAUUCGAGUCUUCUGUGUGCUGCCGUCGUAUCCACUGAAGAAGCGUCAUUUUGCGUGCCUUGACGCGUUGAAGCGGCGGUUGCCAUGACGGAGGCUGCCGAAGGGACGGCUCCGGUGACCGAGGACGUGGAGCUCGCCGAUGUCGGGCUACUCGUAAAGUACCUCAGGCGCGUCGUGCCGGUGCUUCUCGAGGAGGACGAUGUCGUCCACCCGUCACUCGAGUCCGCCCUGUCCGACAAGGGAAACCUGGAGAUUCUUCGCAAGUUCAUUGCCGACCCCCAAACCCGGUCUUUGCUCAUCCAACGCUCGUCGAGCAAAGAUGAGGAGCUUGUGGGUGAAGGUGGCGGUGAUGGCGAAGAGGAGAAUGUGGCCUACACCUUUUCGAGCGAAGUACACUUCACCAACCCCAAGAUCAACAGCCUGGUGGUGAUCAAGAAGUGUGCGGUGAUCGAGGCCGACAAGAAAGUUCCCUCGCAGCUGCGAGUGAUGAACUUGAAUGAUUCCUCACCCUACGAGACUCUGCACUCUUACGUGAGCAGUGCAGUUGCGCCUUACUUCAAGUCUUACGUCAAGGAGACUGGACGGGCUGAGAGGGAUGGCGACAAGAUGGCUCCGACUGUGGAGAAGAAGAUAGCGGAGCUGGAGAUGGGGCUGCUGCACCUGCAGCAGAACAUCGACAUCCCCGAGAUCACGCUGCCGGUCAACCCGCUGGUACUGGCCACUAUCAAGAAGUGCGCCGAGGAGGGCCGCCGAGCCACGGCCGCAGACUUCGGGGACCGCGUCGAGGACUCCAGCUUCCUCAACCAGCUGCAGAACGGCGUCAACCGCUGGAUCCGAGAAAUCCAGAAGGUGACGAAGCUGGACCGGGACCCGUCGUCUGGCACGGCCCUGCAGGAGAUCAGCUUCUGGCUGAACCUGGAGCGAGCCCUGCUGCGCAUCCAGGAGAAGCGGGAGAGUCUGGAGGUGGCCCUCACCCUGGACAUCCUCAAGAAGGGCAAGCGCUUCCACGCCACGGUCUCCUUCGACACCGACACGGGCCUCAAGCAGGCCCUGUCCACCGUCAACGACUACAACCCGCUCAUGAAGGACUUCCCCCUCAACGACCUUCUGGCAGCCACGGAGCUGGACCGCAUCCGGCUGGCGCUCCACGGGAUCUUCUCCCACCUGCGCAAGAUCCGCUCCACCAAGUACCCGAUCCAGCGUGCGCUGCGUCUGGUGGAGGCCAUUUCCAGGGACCUGAUGGGACAGCUGCUCAAGGUGCUGGGCACGCGUCGCCUGAUGCACGCGCCCUACGACCGCUUUGAGGCGGUGAUGUCGGCGUGCCUGGAGGUGUUCAACGCCUGGGACGAGGAGUACGACAAGCUGCAGACUCUGCUCAGGGAUAUUGUGAAGAAGAAGCGGGACGAGCACAUCAAGACCGCCUGGAGGGUCAGCCCUGCCCACAAGCGCCUCCAGGCACGCAUGGAGCAGAUGAAAAAGUUCCGUAAGCACCACGAGCAGCUGCGCACGGUCAUCGUGCGCGUGUUACGGCCGGUCAUGGCACCCCGCAGCCUCCAGGCGAGCGCCACCACCCCCGACGGAGACCAGCCCGAGGUGCCGGAGGCCGCCGUGCUGGAUGCUUCCGACAGCACUGCCAUCGAGGAGGUGAACCUGGCCUACGAGAAUGUGAAGGAGGUCGACGGACUCGACAUCUCGAAAGAAGGCACAGAGGCCUGGGACGCAGCCGUCAAGAGGUACGACGAGCGCAUUGACCGUGUGGAGGCCCGCAUCACGAGCCGGCUGAGGGACCAGCUGGGCACGGCCAAGAACGCCAACGAGAUGUUCCGCAUCUUUUCGCGCUUCAACGCCCUGUUUGUGCGGCCCCACAUCCGGGGGGCCAUCCGGGAAUACCAGACGCAGCUGAUGCAGCGCGUCAAGGACGACAUUGAGGCCCUGCACGAGAAGUUCAAGGUGCAAUACACCCAGAGCAAGGCCUGCCGCAUCAGCCGGGCCAGGGACCUGCCUCCCGUCGCCGGCUCCAUCAUCUGGGCCAAACAGAUUGACCGCCAGUUGUCUGUGUACAUGAAGCGGGUGGAGGACGUCCUGGGCAAAGGCUGGGAGAACCACGUGGAGGGGCAGAAGUUGAAGAGCGACGCUGACAGCUUCCGCUCCAAGCUCAACACCCAGCCCAUCUUCGACGAGUGGUCACGCGUGGUUCAGCAGCGCCAGCUGGGGGUGACGGGACGCAUCUUUGCCAUCGAGAGCACCCGCUCCCGCACGGGCAACGUGCUGAAGCUGAAGGUGAACUUCCUGCCUGAGAUCAUCACCCUGGCCAAAGAGGUGCGCAACCUCAAGUGGAUGGGCUUCCGCGUGCCCCUGGCCAUUGUGAACAAGGCGCACCAGGCCAACCAGCUCUACCCGUUCGCCAUCUCGCUCAUCGAGAGCGUCCGCACGUACGAGAGGACCUGUGAAAAGGUGGAAGACAGACCUUCGAUCACCCUCCUGGUUGCUGGUCAGAAGAAAGAUGUCCAAAACCUCAUUGCGGAGGGCAUCGGUCUCGUCUGGGAGUCGUACAAGCUGGAUCCGUACGUGCAGAAGCUGGCAGAGAUGGUCUUCAACUUCCAGGAAAAGGUGGAUGACUUGAUGACGAUAGAAGAGCAGAUUGACGUGGACGUGCGGUCGCUGGAGACGUGCGCCUACAGCGCCACGACAUUCGCCGAUGUGCUGAACAAGAUCCAGCGUGCAGUGGACGACCUGAGCCUGCACCAGUACUCCAACCUCCACCUGUGGGUCAGCAAGCUGGACGAGCAGGUGGAAGCCAAGCUGGCAGGCCGUCUGGAGGCGGGGGUGCGUGCGUGGACCCUGGCCCUGGAGGGCCGUAAGGAGGGGGCCGAGUCGGAGGCGGACGCCUCGACCACCCCAGCCACGGCCUCAGCCCCGGGGGCCCCCGUGGCCCACCCGCUGGGGGGAGAUCCCCAGAUCCAGACCCUGGUGCACGAGGUGCGCAUCACCAACCAGGUGAUGUACCUGAGCCCCAGCACGGAGGAGGCCCGCUUCAGCCUCCUCGAGCAGCUCUUCGCCUGGGAGAACAUCGUCCUCUCUCAGACCCGCAUCCAGAGCACCCGCUACCAGGUGGUGCUGGAGAGCCCGUCGUCCCAGACGUACCGCAACCUGCUGACGGUGAUGCCCGACGGGGCCAACCUGCUGGAGCGCUGCUACGGAGCCAUAGAGCAGACUGUGGAGCAGACGGAGCAGUAUGUGGACGAGUGGCUGCGCUACCAGGCCCUCUGGGACCUGCAGCAGGACAUGCUUUACUCCCGCCUCGGCAACGACAUCGCCAUGUGGAUGAACACCCUCGUCGAGAUCAAGAAAUCGCGCACAACCUUCGACACCACCGACGUGCGUAAGAAAAUCGGACCCAUCAUCAUUGACUAUGCCAAGGUCCAGUCCAAGGUGACCCUCAAGUACGACUCCUGGCACAAGGAGGUCCUUGGCAAGUUUGGCCAGCUGCUUGGCAAUGACAUGGCCCAGUUCCACAACACUGUCUCCAAGUCUCGUGGAGAGCUGGAGCAGCAGUCCAUCGACACGGCCAGCACUUCAGACGCGGUGUCGUUCAUCACGUACGUCCAGUCGUUGAAGCGCAAGAUGAAGACAUGGGAGCAGCAAGUAGAGCUGUACAAGGAGGGGCAGCGCAUCCUGGAACGCCAGCGCUUCCAGUUCCCCAACUGGUGGCUGCACGUGGACAACGUGGAGGGGGAGUGGUCGGCCUUCAACGAGAUGAUGCGCCGCAAGGACACGGCCAUCUCCACCCAGGUGGCCAGUCUGCAGAUGAAGGUGGUGGCCGAGGACAAGGCCGUCGAGGCUCGCACCACCGACUUCCUCGCCGACUGGGAGAAGAGCAAGCCCGUGCAGGGUUCCCUGAAGCCCAGCGACGCCACCAGCCAGCUGGCCAUCUUCGAGUCCAAGUUCAGUCGGCUGAAGGAAGACCGAGACAAUCUGGUCAAGGCCAAGGAGGCCCUCGAACUGCAGGAGCCAGGCCUGGUGUCUGCUGGCGACGAACGCUUACACGUGGCUUUGGAGGAGUUGCAAGACCUGAAGGGUGUCUGGUCUGAACUGGCCAAGAUUUGGGACCAGAUAGACCAGAUGAAGGAGCAGCCCUGGCUCUCUGUACAAGCUCGCAAGCUGCGUCAACAACUGGACGGCCUGUUGAACCAACUGAAAGAGCUGCCUGCUCGUCUACGCCAGUACGCUUCAUACGAGUACGUCAAGAAAGUGCUCAUGAGCUAUACCAAGGUGAAUGUGAUGAUAGUGGAGCUGAAGUCGGACGCCCUGAAGGAGCGCCACUGGAAGCAGCUGAUGAAGCAGCUGCGCGUUAGCUGGGUCCUUUCGGACCUGACGCUGGGCCUGGUCUGGGACAUCGACCUCCAGCGCAACGAGUCUGUCGUCAAGGACGUCAUCCUCGUGGCACAGGGAGAGAUGGCGCUCGAGGAGUUCCUCAAGCAGGUGCGCGAGGCUUGGCAAAACUACGAGCUAGACCUGGUCAACUACCAGAACAAGUGCCGCCUGAUCCGCGGCUGGGACGACCUCUUCAACAAGGUCAAGGAGCACAUCAACUCGGUCGCAGCCAUGAAGCUUUCCCCCUACUACAAGGAAUUUGAGGAGGAUGCCCUGGCGUGGGAGGAGAAACUGAACCGCAUCAAUGCCCUGUUUGACGUCUGGAUUGAUGUCCAGAGGCGCUGGGUCUACCUGGAGGGUAUCUUUUCGGGCAGCGCCGACAUCCAGACCCUGCUUCCUAUGGAGACGUCACGGUUCACCAGCAUCAGCUCGGAGUUCCUGACGCUGAUGAAGAAGGUGAGCAAGUCCCCGCUGGUGCUGGACGUGCUGAACAUCCAAGGCGUUCAACGUUCCCUGGAGCGCCUUGCCGACCUGCUGGGGAAGAUCCAGAAGGCACUUGGGGAGUACCUCGAGCGAGAGCGCUCCUCUUUCCCCAGGUUCUACUUUGUGGGAGACGAGGACCUGCUUGAGAUCAUUGGCAACAGCAAGAACAUUCCACGGCUGCAGAAGCACUUCAAGAAGAUGUUUGCCGGGGUGGCGGCCAUUGUGCUCAACGAGGACAACACCCUGGUCACCGGCCUCUCCUCGAAGGAGGGCGAGGAGAUGACGUUCAGCACACCGGUUUCUAUAGCAGAGAACCCCAAGAUCAAUGAGUGGCUGAGCCUUGUGGAGAAGGAGAUGAGGGUGACCCUGGCCAAGAGGUUGGCCUCUGCUGUGGCCGAGAGUGCGCCCUUCAAGCAGGGUACCAUCAACCAGGAGGACUAUAUGGCAUGGACCGACCGCUACCAGAGCCAGAUAGUGGUUCUGGCAGCCCAAAUCUCGUGGUCCGAAGACGUGGAGGCCGCGCUCCAGGCGAUGGACAAGGCCCCUCAGGGCGGAGCAGGGCCGCUGGAGGAAGUGCUACGCUCGGUGGAGCACACGCUCAACGUCCUCGCCGACUCCGUGCUCCAAGAACAGCCACCCCUGCGCCGCAAGAAGCUGGAACACCUGAUCACGGAGUUUGUGCACAAGCGGGACGUGACGCGCUCCCUGCUGCGCAGCGGGGUGAAGGGCCCCCGGGACUUCCAGUGGCUGAGCCAGAUGCGCUUCUACUUCGACCCGAGGCAGGGGGAGGUGCUGCGGCAGCUCUCCAUCCACAUGGCCAACGCCCGCUUCAGCUACGGCUUCGAGUACCUGGGCGUUCAGGACAAGCUGGUGCAGACGCCCCUCACGGACCGCUGCUACCUCACCAUGACCCAGGCGCUGGAGGCUCGCCUGGGUGGCUCACCCUUCGGUCCUGCCGGCACAGGCAAGACGGAGUCUGUCAAGGCCCUGGGACAUCAGCUGGGCCGCUUUGUGUUGGUGUUCAACUGCGACGAAACCUUUGACUUUCAGGCCAUGGGCCGUAUUUUCGUGGGCCUCUGCCAAGUGGGAGCCUGGGGCUGCUUUGACGAAUUCAACCGUCUGGAAGAGCGAAUGCUUUCGGCAGUCUCGCAGCAGAUCCAGAUGAUCCAAGAGACGCUGCGCAGCCGGGAAAGUGGCAAAGAGCAACUGGUGGUAGAGCUGAUUGGGAAGCAGGUGCGCCUGAAUCCGGACAUGGCCAUCUUUAUCACCAUGAACCCGGGCUAUGCCGGGCGUUCCAACCUGCCGGACAACCUGAAGAAGCUGUUCCGCUCGCUCGCCAUGACCACCCCGGACCGGCAGCUCAUCGCCCAGGUCAUGCUCUUCUCCCAGGGCUUCCGCACCGCGGAGAAGCUCGCCUCCAAGAUCGUCCCCUUUUUCAAGCUGUGCAACGAGCAGCUGUCGAACCAGUCGCACUAUGACUUUGGGCUGCGUGCACUGAAGAGCGUUCUGGUGAGCGCUGGCAACAUCAAGCGUGACCGCAUUCAGCGCAUCAAGGACGAACUCAAGGAGAGGGGAGAGCAGGCUCUCGAAGAGAACACCAUUGCCGAAGGGCUGCCGGAACAAGAGAUUUUGAUCCAAAGCGUGUGCGAGACGAUGGUGCCCAAGCUGGUGGCGGAGGACAUCCCGCUGCUCUUCUCGCUGCUCUCGGACGUCUUCCCGGGGGUGUCGUACACCCGGGCCGAGAUGCGCAGCCUCAAGGAGCACAUUGUCAAGGUCUGCCAGGAGAUGUACCUGGUGGCGGGCGAGGGGGAGGAGCAGGGAGGCACCUGGAUGGAGAAGGUGCUUCAGCUGUACCAGAUCUCCCAGCUGAACCACGGCCUGAUGAUGGUUGGCCCGAGCGGAAGCGGCAAAUCGACCGCCUGGAAGGUGCUGCUCAAGGCCCUCGAACGCCUGGAGGGCGUCGAGGGAGUUGCCCACGUCAUUGACCCCAAGGCCAUUUCCAAAGAGGCCCUGUACGGAGUCCUGGACCCCAACACGCGUGAAUGGACAGACGGACUCUUCACUCACAUCCUCAGAAAGAUCAUCGACAAUGUGCGUGGGGAGAUCAACAAGCGGCAGUGGAUCAUCUUUGACGGAGACGUGGACCCAGAGUGGGUGGAGAACCUCAACAGCGUCCUGGAUGACAACAAGCUGCUCACCCUGCCCAACGGGGAGCGCCUCAGCCUACCCCCCAACGUGCGGGUGAUGUUUGAGGUGCAGGACCUGCGCUUUGCGACACUGGCGACGGUGUCUCGCUGCGGCAUGAUCUGGUUCAGCGAGGACGUGCUGAGCACGGAGAUGGUGUUUGAGCACUUCCUGCUCAAGCUGCGGCACAUCCCUCUGGAGGAGGCCGACGAGGAACAGCACGCCUACCGCAAGAAGGACUCCAAGGAGGACGCCCUCUCACCUGCCCUGCAGGUGCAGCGGGACGUGGCGCUGAUCCUCCAGCCAUACUUCGGCAGCGAUGGACUGGUGGUGCGUUGCCUGGACUGGGCGGCCCGCCAGGAGCACGUGAUGGACUUCACCCGCUUCCGGGCGCUGGGGUCGCUCUUCUCCAUGCUCAACCAGGCCACCCACAACGUCCUCACCUACAACCACACCCACUCGGACUUUGCAAUGCAGCACGACCAGCUGGAGAAGUACAUCCCCAAGUGCCUGGUGUACGCCCUGCUCUGGUCGUUUGCUGGCGACGGGCGCCUCAAGGUGCGCUCGGAGCUGGGAGACUUCAUCCGCAGCAUGGCCACCGUGCCCAUGCCGGCAAACACCGGGCUGCCCAUCAUCGACUAUGAGGUGUCGCUGGCGACGGGAGAGUGGUCCCCAUGGCAGGGCAAGGUGCCGCAGGUGGAGGUGGAGACGCACAAGGUGGCGGCGCCGGACGUGGUGGUGCCGACGGUGGACACGGUGCGCCACGAGGCCCUCCUGUACACCUGGCUGGCCGAGCACCGCCCGCUCGUGCUCUGCGGGCCGCCUGGCUCCGGAAAGACCAUGACCUUGUUCUCGGCUCUGCGGUCCCUGCCUGACAUGGAGGUUGUGGGACUGAACUUCUCGAGCGCCACGACGCCCGAGCUGCUGCUGAAGACGUUUGACCACUACUGCGAGUACCGGCGCACCCCAAACGGUGUGGUGCUGGCGCCCAUCCAGCUGGGCAAGUGGCUGGUGCUCUUCUGCGACGAGAUCAACCUGCCAGACAUGGACAAGUACGGUACCCAGCGAGUGAUCUCGUUCCUGCGCCAACUGGUGGAGCACGGAGGCUUCUUCCGCACUACGGACCACACCUGGGUCCGGCUGGAGCGGAUCCAGUUUGUUGGAGCGUGUAACCCUCCGACGGACCCUGGCCGCAAGCCCCUCUCCCACAGGUUCCUGCGCCACGUGCCCGUGGUCUACGUGGACUACCCCGGAGAAACAUCGCUCAAGCAGAUCUACGGCACCUUCAACCGCGCCAUGCUCCGCAUGGUGCCUUCCCUCAGGGCGUAUGCCGAGCCGCUCACGGCUGCCAUGGUCGAGUUCUACCUCAUGUCUCAGGAGCGCUUCACCCAGGACAUGCAGCCCCACUAUGUGUACAGCCCCCGGGAGCUGACCCGCUGGGUGCGGGGCAUCUGCGAGGCCCUGCGGCCCCUGGAGACUCUCCCCGUCGAGGGCCUGGUGCGCAUCUGGGCCCACGAGGGCCUGCGCCUCUUCCAGGACAGGCUGGUGGAGGACGAGGAACGUGCCUGGACGGACGAGAACAUCGACGUGGUGGCUCUCAAGCACUUCCCCAAUGUGAGCCGGGACGAUGCACUGGGACGCCCCAUCCUGUACAGCAAUUGGCUGUCCAAGGAUUACGUGCCGGUCGACCGUGACGAGCUGCGCAGCUACGUCAAGGCCAGGCUCAAGAUAUUCUACGAAGAGGAGCUGGAUGUGCAGCUGGUGCUGUUCAACGAAGUCCUCGACCAUGUGCUCCGCAUCGACCGCAUCUUCAGGCAGCCCCAAGGCCAUCUGCUGCUGAUUGGAGUGAGCGGAGCGGGCAAGACAACGCUCUCCCGCUUCGUGGCCUGGAUGAACGGCCUGAGCGUCUUCCAGAUCAAGGUCCACAACAAGUACAGGGCGGCGGACUUUGACGAAGACCUCCGUUCGGUCCUCAGGCGGUCCGGCUGCAAGGGAGAGAAGAUCUGCUUUGUGCUGGACGAGGGCAACGUGCUGGACUCGUCGUUCCUGGAACGCAUGAACACGCUGCUGGCCAACGGGGAGGUCCCGGGUCUGUUUGAGGGGGACGAGUACAGCACCCUGAUGACCCAGUGCAAGGAGGGCUCCCAGCGCGAGGGGCUCAUGCUCGACUCCAACGAAGAGCUCUACAAGUGGUUCACGGGCCAGGUCAUGCGCAACCUCCACGUGGUCUUCACCAUGAACCCGUCCUCGGAGGGCCUCAAGGACAGGGCAGCCACAUCUCCAGCCCUCUUCAACAGAUGCGUCCUGAACUGGUUUGGUGACUGGUCGGACGACGCCCUCUUUCAAGUGGGCAAGGAGUUCACCUGCCGGCUCGACAUUGACCGGACCAACUACCUGGUACCGACGGACCACUUCCCUGCGGCGGUGUCCGGGCUGCGGAUGCCUCCGGACCACCGCAGCGCCAUCAUCAACGCAUUUGUGUACGUGCACCAGACCCUGCACCGUGCCAACAGCCGCCUAGCCAAGCGGGGUGCCCGCUCCAUCACCAUCACACCCCGCCACUACCUGGACUUCAUCAACCACUACGUGAAACUGUUCAACGAGAAGCGUUCCGAGCUGGAGGAGCAGCAGCUGCACCUCAACGUGGGUCUGCAGAAGAUCCGUGAGACUGUGGAGCAAGUGGAGGAGCUCCAGAAGUCGCUGGCACUCAAGUCACGCGAGCUUGAGGCCAAGAACCAGGCGGCGAAUGCCAAGCUCAAGGAAAUGCUGAAAGAUCAACAAGAAGCUGAGAAAAAGAAAAUGCAGUCUCACGAGAUCCAGGCACAGCUUCGGAAACAAGAGGAAGUGAUUGCGGAGAAGAGGCAAAGUGUCAUGGCUGAUUUGGCCCAAGUUGAGCCUGCAGUCAUUGAAGCUCAGCAAGCGGUCAAGUCCAUCAAGAAGCAGCACCUGGUAGAGGUGCGGUCGAUGGGCAACCCGCCGUUUGCGGUGAAGCUCGCACUCGAGUCGAUCUGCCUGCUGCUCGGAGAGGCGGCCUCUGACUGGAAGGCCAUCCGCUCGGUCAUCAUCCGAGAGAAUUUCAUCAACACCAUCAUAAAUUACAGCACGGACGACAUCACGGAUGACAUCCGAAACAAGAUGAAAACAAAGUAUCUGAACAACCCCGAGUUCAACUUUGAGAAGGUGAACAGGGCCAGCGUUGCCUGCGGACCCAUGGUGAAGUGGGCCAUCGCUCAGAUCAACUUUGCAGACAUGCUGAAGCGUGUGGAGCCACUGCGCAACGAACUGGCCAGCCUGGAGGGGGAGGCGGACGACAACAAGCACCGGGCGGAGGAGAUUGACAGCGUCAUCGUGCAGCUGGAGCGGAGCAUUGCCUCGUACAAGGAGGAGUACGCCAACCUCGUGUCGCAGGCCCAGGCCAUCAAGACCGACCUGGCCAACGUCCAGGCAAAGGUGGACCGCAGCAUAGCGCUGCUGAGCAGCCUGAGCUCGGAGAAGCAGCGCUGGGAGGACACAAGCGAGACCUUCAAGAACCAGAUGUCGACCAUCUCGGGCGACGUGCUGCUGGGCUCGGCCUUCCUGGCGUACGCCGGCUACUUCGACCAGCAGUACCGCCAGAACCUCUUCAACAACUGGUGCAGCCACCUCCAGCAGGCCGGCAUUCACUUCCGCCUAGACCUGGCACGCACCGAGUACCUGUCCACGGCAGACGAGCGGCUGCGCUGGCAGGCCAACGCCCUCCCCACGGACGACCUGUGCACAGAGAACGCUAUCAUGCUGAAGAGGUUCAACCGCUACCCGCUCAUCAUCGACCCCUCGGGCCAGGCCACCGAGUACAUUCUCAAUGAGUUCAGGGAGCGCAAGAUCACCAAGACGAGCUUCCUGGACGAUUCCUUCCGGAAAAACUUGGAGAGUGCACUGCGUUUUGGAAAUCCACUCCUUGUCCAGGACGUGGAGAGCUACGACCCGAUCCUGAACCCCGUGCUGAACCGGGAGGUGCGCAAGACCGGCGGCCGGGUGCUCAUCACCCUGGGUGACCAGGACAUUGACCUCUCGCCCACCUUCUGCAUCUUCCUCUCCACCCGAGACCCCACGGUGGAGUUCCCACCAGACCUCUGUUCCCGCGUCACCUUCGUCAACUUCACCGUAACUCGCAGCAGCUUGCAGAGCCAGUGUCUAAACCAGGUGUUGAAGGCAGAGAGGGAAGACAUUGACGAGAAGCGUUCGGAUCUUCUGAAACUGCAAGGAGAAUUCCACGUGCGGCUUCGACAGCUUGAGAAGUCGUUGCUCCAGGCACUGAACGACUCGAAGGGAAGGAUCCUGGAUGACGACAGUGUGAUCAGCACGCUGGAGAAGCUGAAGAACGAGGCUGCCGAGAUAUCUAGGAAGGUGGAGGAAACGGACAAGGUGAUGGAGGAGGUGGAGACGGUCUCCCUGCAGUACCAGCCGCUGGCACAGGCCUGCAGCAGCAUCUACUUCACCCUCGAGGGACUUCACCAGGCCCACUUUUUGUACCAGUACUCGCUCCACUUCUUUUUGGAGAUCUACAACGACGUGCUCACGAACAACUCUCACCUGACCGGUGUGGUGGACCACACUGGGCGCUUGAGCAUCAUCACCAAGGACCUGUUUCAGGUGGUGUACAACAGGGUGACUCGAGGCAUGCUUCAUGAGGACAAGCUGGCCUUUGCUCUCCUCCUCUGUAGAAUCCACCUGCGAGGAUUUUCACAGGAGAGCAACUUUGAGCAUGAGCUGAACCACCUGCUGCGAGGCAAGGAGGGCAUCCUGCCGGGGCAGCCUACCAUCCACGUGGGGGGCCUGGCCCCCGACCAGCUGGAGGGGGCCACCGCCCUCUCCCGCCUGCCGGCCUUCCGCUCCCUGCAGCAGCGCCUGGACGAGCACACGGACUUCCUGGGCUGGGUGGAGAGCAGCGCCCCCGAGCGGGAGGUGCCCGUUCUGUGGGAGGAGGGCCCCCGGGGCCUGAGCCCCGUGGGGCGCGCCAUGCACCAGCUGCUGGUGGUGCAGGCCUUCCGGCCGGACAGGGUCAUCGCCCAGGGACACCAGGUGGUGGCCUCCGUGCUGGGACCGGACUUCAUGACGGCCGCAGAGACCGAGCUGGACCUGGCCGCCGCCGUCGACAAUGAGGUGAAGGCGGGCACCCCGAUCCUGAUGUGCUCGGUGCCGGGCUACGACGCCAGCGGCCGAGUGGACGACCUGGCCACCGAGCUGGGCCGCAACAUCACGUCCCUGGCCAUGGGCUCUGCCGAGGGCUUCAGCCAGGCCGAGAAGGCCAUCAACUCCGCCUCCAAGAAUGGCAGGUGGGUGAUGCUGAAGAAUGUGCACCUGGCGCCGCAGUGGCUGGUGCAGCUGGAGAAGAAGCUGCACGCCCUGCAGCCCCACCCGUCCUUCCGGCUCUUCCUCACCCUGGAGGUGCACCCCAAGGUGCCGGUCAACCUGCUCCGGGCCGGACGCGUGUUCCUCUUCGAGCCCCCGCCGGGCAUCCGCGCCAACCUGCUGCGCACCUUCUCCACCGUGCCCGCCCAGCGCAUGACCAAGGCCCCGGGUGAGCGUGCUCGCCUCUACUUCCUGCUGGCCUGGUUCCACGCCAUUGUGCAAGAGCGGCUGCGCUACUGCCCCCUGGGCUGGGCCAAACACUACGAGUUCAACGAGUCCGACCUACGCGUGGCCUGUGACACCCUCGACACCUGGAUCGACACCAUCGCCAUGGGUCGGACAAACCUGCCACCCGAGAAGGUUCCCUGGAAUGCUCUGCGCAUCCUGUUUGGGCAGUGCAUUUAUGGAGGCAAGAUUGACAACGAUUUUGACCAGCGCCUGCUCAACUCCUUCCUGAACAAGCUGUUCACGGCCAAGAGCUUCGAGCCGGACUUCAUGCUCAUUGAGCCCGGCACGGGAGGCAGCGAGGACAAGGGCAUUGCCAGCCCAGAAGGGAUCAGGCGUGACCAGUUUUUGCACUGGGUGGAGUCGCUGACGGACCGGCAGACGCCAUCCUGGCUGGGGCUGCCCAACAAUGCCGAGAAGGUGCUGCUCACCAACAGAGGAAGCGACCUGAUUGCCAAGCUGCUCAAGAUGCAGUUGCUGGAGGACGAUGACGAGCCGGCCUACGCCAGUGAGGAGGGCGCCGCCGGUGAGCCCGGCCGUGCGGGCGACGGCAGGCCUGCCUGGAUGGCAACUCUGCAGCAGUCUGGGACCACCUGGCUGCGCCUGCUUCCGCAGAGCCUCACCUGCCUCAGGCGCACCAAGGACAACAUUGGGGACCCCCUGUACCGCUGCCUGGAGCGCGAGGUGAAUGUGGGUGCCAAGCUCCUGCGGGUGGUGCGGAGCGACCUGGAGGACAUGGUCCGCAUUUGCCGCGGCGAGCGGCGCCAGACCAACUACCACCGCACCAUGAUCGCGGACCUUGCCAAAGGCAUGCUGCCGACCUACUGGAAGAAGUACACGGUGUCUCCCGGCUGCACUGUCAUCCAGUGGGUGACGGACUUCUCGGACCGCAUCAAGCAGCUGCAGCGGGUGUCCCAGGCAUGCACCUCCGGUGGAGCGGCUGCACUCAAGUCCCUGCACGUGUGGCUGGGCGGGCUCUUCAACCCAGAGGCCUACAUCACUGCAACGCGGCAGUACGUGGCACAAGCCAAUGGCUGGUCCCUGGAGGAACUCUCACUUGAGGUGUGGGUGUCCGACGCGGACGAAAAGCCGGGUUCGGUGGACGAGUACAGCUUUGCUCUCGCGGGGCUCAAGCUGCAGGGUGCCAAGUGCGUCCAGAGCCGGCUGAGCCUCACUUCGAGCAUUUUCACCGAACUGCCGCUUACCACCAUUCGCUGGGUUAAGACGCAGGUGCAGGACAAGCCGUCGGAGGCCACGGUCACGCUUCCAGUGUACCUCAACUCGAGCCGCACCGACUUGCUCUUCACUGUGGACCUCCUGGCUGCUGAUCCGCGCGAGUCCCACAGCUUCUAUGAGCGCGGAGUGGCUCUGCUCUGCUCCACUACCCUCGGCUGAUCAAUUGGAGCGGCCACCGUCAACUUGCGCAGAUCCGAUUGGCAUGCUGAAGAGCCCCGUGUAUUCUUACCUGUCGCGUUGUGCGUGUGGCUUUUUUACUCUUUUCUGGGAUGCUAGGAGAAGCUAGUGAAUUUACAAAGGGCUCUGUCGGUUUUGAGAUGGGUUACUCGUUUUACGAGCUCUCGGAUUGUUUUUGCUUAUGUAUUUAUGCACUUUCUUUUUACCUUUUAUCCACUAAGUUUGCUAAUAAACUCUCAUCUGUUGUGGCAUGAAACGGCAUUGCGUUACUGUAACUUUUUAUGUUUAGUGUUGGUGUGCGAGUGCUAAUAAAUUUCAGUCAAUACAAGAAUA